GCCGAGAUUCCUCCUCUCGUCGCCAUUAAUCGCCGGCUAACCGGGUUUCAACUUUCGGGGUAGAUUUACGACGCCCGGUGGAAACCGAAGAUGGAAAGAAACAGAGGAGAAACUGAGUCCAAGGCAAAACAAGAUAAGGGUUUAUACGGGUUCAGGUUAAGCUGAUAUGGGUGUUGAAAGAAACCCUAAUUCCAUUGUCCUACCUACUCAAAGUUCUGGUUUAGUUUUUAGAUCUGUGAGGCGUUGAUGGGUAUAUGGUUCAGGUUCGAUUUUGCUAGGUAGGCAAAGGAAGGAAUGAAAAAAGGGUGACAGAAGAGAGUGAGCACACGCAGGCAAUUGUAUGAAGAGCAUACCCUUUUCUGGUGCGUGCUCACCGCUCUUCUGUCAGCCCCGGUUUUUUCUACCUUCUUCAUCAUGUCUCAUUUCCAAAUGAAUAUGCAGCGUGCUUUCUCAUACACUCACCAACAGCAUAUUUUUCUCUUCUUAUUACGAUUUAAUGGUCAUCUAGAGAGUAGAUUUUAACGAGUAUUUGAUUCUAUUUUAUGUGGGUUUUAUCCAAAGUUAAGAACUUGAAGGUAUGGUGUCUUUAAGUUUGGGAAACAUGAGCAGGUUUCUUUUUUUGGGUUAGAUGAGGAUGAAUUAAUUGAUCGUCGUCACCAAUUCAACCUAUGGUGUCUGUAGCUGUAUCCCAUCCUUUUGUGUUUAUUACUGACUCAGAAAUUUCCUACCUUUUUCUGUUUUUUCCUUUCUUUUACUCUGUUGAGAAUAUUUUAUAUUACUUUGAAAGCGUGACUUUUGAUGGUCCUCUUUGAAGAUGAUGAUCACGAAGUGGGUUCUUCAAGUUGAAGGUACGUCUGCUCAGUGCUCACUGUGCACGUUCAAGGGGAUAUCCUCACCAGCAUUUUGGGGCUUGCAAAAACCCUUUCCUUUUUCCCUUCCAUUUGCUUUGCUUUCUUGAUCUCUUCUUCUAGAACAUGUUAGGGUUUGCUUCUGUGAUCCAGGAUUUGGGGUGUUUUACAACCCAAAAUAUGGGUUUCAAAGAAAAUGCUUCAAAAGGGCCUUUGACUUCCAGCUUUUGUGGGACUGGCGGACGGUAUUUAUUCAAGUAAUUACGACUGAGGUGUAAGAUCAGGACUUCCGCUUUUGCAGCUUCCAAGACAGUGGCGAAUCUUAAUUUGUGCCGUGAACAUGGAAGGAAUCCUUCCCCCAUAUUUGGGAAGGGGGGAUGCGCUAUUUCCUCAUGCUGAAUAGUGAAUGGAAUGGAUGCUUAAAAUUGCGUGGAAAGUUUCAGUUCAACCUGGACGAGAAGUAUCUAGCUGGUGGCGACAUUCAUUCUUUGCAGAGGUGCUAGUGCUACGAAGGAUGGAAAAUAUAUUUGUAUGAGGUUUCCGAGAUGCACGUGACGUAAGUCUAUACAGUGUUCAAAUAGGGACACUUAAGAAGCAUGCAGGCAUAUGCAUACAUGAUGGUGUUGCAACGAGGAAUCUCAAGGGGAAUUACUGUGGUGUGGGUUUCGUUUUUCAAUGGCAAAACCAUAAGUUAAGCCCCUGAACCAACCCCAGAAUCGCUAUUAAGCCCCUAGACUGUAAUUGAUGCAUAUAAGCCCUCGAAACUCGGGGAUCAAAGCAAUUAAGCCCUUCUUCUUACGCCAACUUAACUGCCGUUU